AUGGCUUCAAGUUCAGAUCCUCAACCGGUUGCUGGUCUGCUUUCUCAGUCUUAUGGGGGUCAGAUUCUACGAUGUCCAGUAAUUUUCAAUGGCACUAAUUAUCGUGUUUGGGUUUCUCGCAUGCGUUGGCAUAUGCGUGAUCUACGCCUUUGGGAUUUUCUCACUGGUGAACUGUCGUGUCCACCUUUACCCACUCCUCCUGUGCAGCCAGUCUUUCCUCCUGCAACUUCAGACGAUGAUAAGAAGAAAUUGCGUGAUAAAUAUAAUGAUGAUAUGGCCUCAUACAUGUCUCAGUUUGCAGCAUAUCGGACUUGGUUGGAUGAGGAUGCUCGUGCAGGUGCUGUUCUAACUGCUAGCAUGGAGGAACAUUUGACUGCCAAUAUUGUAGAGCUUGACUAUGCUUCUCAGAUGUGGGCUUUUCUUCACCAGCGCUAUGAGCCCUCUGGUCAGUCCACAUACAUUGCGGCUUUACGCCAAGAGCAGUUGUUGCAACAGGUUGAUGCUACAAUUGAGGAGUUCUUUAACCAGCUCUCUACUGUGUGGCGUGAGCUUGACACUCUGAGUCCUCAGCUGUUCCCUGCCACCUGUGAGUCCUGCAGGAAGCAACGGAGCCACCUUGACCUUCGGCGCAUCUACGAUUUUCUGACUCGUCUUCAUGCUGAGUUUGAGCCUCUUCGUGCCCAGUUACUAGCUCGUGAACACUGUGUGUCCCUGAUGGAUGCUCUUGCUGCCGUUCGGAAUGAAGAGAUCCGUCUUCGUUCUGCUAACAAGAAUAAGAUGUCAAACUCUUUGAGCACAUAUUCUGAAGCAUUGCAUAACUACUUUUUUGCAUUUGACCAGGAAUUAAGCAACUGA